AUUGUUUUUAUGAUAAUUCAUGCCACACAAAUACUUAUUCUAUUUUUAGGUAUUUAAAAAAUACAUCUCAAUUGUACAAUCUAUAUUCUAACAACUGACAGAUAAUUGACCAGAGUAACCUUCAGUUAUACCUGAUAGUGACAUAAUAAUUUUUUUUCCAAAUUCUCGGGGUCGAUUGGUCAUUAUACAGUAACAAAACAAAAAUUACACUACCCAAAAAAUAUAUGAUGCAUUCUUAGCAUUUGGUUCUCUUGUUGUUCCUAACCGCUUAGUUAACUUAGCAUUAAAAAUGUAAAACCAGAAUUUAUCAACUUGAGAUAAAUCAUUUGCAGCAUUUUUUACAUAUUCUUUUUCCAUAAUUCCUUAAUAUAAUGUAACUGUUAGUUGUUUUUCUUCAUCUAUUCUAUAGCAUUGAAAAAUAUUUGGUAGGUUUUUUCUGGAUAGGGAUAUUUGGUAUAUUUUAAAAACCGCGUCUAGUUAGGUUUGGCUUUUAGGAGGUGGCCACCUUGCUGUCUCUAUCACUUAAUUGUUCUUGAAUGUGAAAUCAUCAGGAAGUGUUAAAUGUUAUUUUAAAUUGUAAACAUCCCUGAACAAACUAUAUCGUUGUAAUCAAUACUACAAUUUAUUGAAAAAUGUCGUCGAAUAUACAAAAAGCCCAACAGUUAAUGGCUGAAGCAGAGAAGAAAGUAUCAUCAAGAGGAUUUUUUGGAUCACUAUUUGGUGGUUCAAGUAGAAUUGAGGAUGCUGUUGAAUGUUACCAAAGAGCUGCAAAUCUCUUUAAAAUGGCCAAGAGCUGGGAUUCUGCUGGCAAAGCUUUCUGUGAAGCUGCAAAUUUACAUGCUAGGAGUGGUGCUCGUCAUGAUGCUGCUACAAAUUUUGUUGAUGCAGCAAAUUGCUAUAAAAAGGCUCAUAUUAGUGAGGCUGUAAACUGUUUAAUAAAAGCUAUAGACAUAUAUACUGAAAUGGGUCGUUUUACUAUGGCUGCUAAGCACCAUCAAACCAUUGCGGAAAUGUAUGAAACUGAGGCAGUUGACUUAGACCGUGCUGUUCAGCAUUAUGAGCAAGCUGCUGACUAUUUUAGAGGAGAGGAGAGUAAUUCAUCUGCCAAUAAAUGUCUAUUGAAAGUGGCACAGUAUGCAGCACAACUUGAAAACUAUGAGAAAGCAAUACAGAUUUAUCAAGAAGUAGCUUAUUCUGCUCUUGAAAGUUCUCUCUUGAAGUAUAGCGCUAAAGAAUAUCUAUUCCGAGCUAGCCUUUGUCACCUUUGUGUUGAUGUUCUUAAUGCCCAACAUGCAAUAGAAAGUUAUAUCCAAAGGUACCCUGCAUUUCAAGAUUGUCGAGAAUAUACUCUCGUAAAAACCCUCAUAGAACAUAUUGAAGAGCAAAAUGUUGAUGGAUUUACAGACGCAGUCAAAGACUACGAUUCCAUUUCACGUUUGGAUCAGUGGUAUACCACAAUCCUUUUACGUAUUAAGAAACAACUGAACGAAAAUCCAGAUUUACGUUGAAAAGUUUUAUUGUUUGCAAAGGUUGAAAAUAGAUACAGUGAAUUUUAUGUUUUGGGUUGUUUAGUCAAAUAUUAGUUUUUGUUUUAUUUUGAUCUCACAUCGUAUCUUUUAUUAACCCUUUCAGUGUAUUUGUUCCUCCAGAGGGACAAUACCUCGAGUACAUUUAAAGUAUACAUCACUUAUUUUUUGUAGGAAAAAUUAUUUUAUUAUUCAUUCUAUUUACCAUGCUUUUGAGAAUAGCUAUUGUAAAAAUCACAUAUUCAUAGUAUAUCUUGGUUUAUUGUUAUGUCCCUCAUCAGGGACUUAUGUCUAAGAGUACUAAAAAAAUACAAACAAAAACACGACGGAAACAUUUAUUCGUCUAAAUUAUUUGAAAAAUAUACAGCAUUUUUGAAAGUAAUAAACAAAUCUGGAAAUAGAAAUAUUUUUUCAACCACAUUUGGAGGAUUUCUAACCAGCAUGAGGUGCGUUGCCAUAAUGUUUGUAGACCAGCUUCAUUUCAGUAGAUAGUCUUGAAUAGGAAUACUUUCCCCAGCUAGAGAAUAAAUUUUUAUACCUCAAUUUUCCGGCUUUUUUUCUAUAUAUUAUUUUAUGUUGAUUUGGCCUUUGAAAGUCACUAUAGUCACCAUAGAUGGGUUUCUAGCGAAAGCUCUUGACAUCAUCUUCUAGUACAGUCAUAGAUAUCUCGUACUUUCCAUAAUCUGUCAUUAUUAUUUUCAGGACCAUUAGAAUUGAUGAUGGUAUUUAAAUAAUGGAAUCUUGUGAAAGUGGAAUUUGAUACCAUUUCUUAUUUCGUAUGAUGCAUUCAUCCAUUUAGACUUAUAUUUCUCUGUCAGACCAUAUUUUUUUUUUCAGUUUUCUAUUUCUUGUUUUGAAGUAUCAGUAACUUCUAGUAUUCUUUCAUCUCUAUUUGUUUCUUCAACUUGCGUUUUGUCUGUCUCAAUAUUUUCCUCAUCAUCUCUUGAAUUCACAACAGCAAAGAUUUAAUCGUCACAGCCCUGAUCUUCAGGGUUUUCAAUGACCUCUUCUAUGGUACACUAUGGUUUUGCGCUAAAAAACAUUAUCCAUUCAUUUAGUGCUGUGAUUCUGGAGAGUGACAGAUCUACUAAAGUUGUUAAAAAUUAAGAGUGGAACUGAAAGGGUUAAAAGAUUUUAAUUUGGUGUUCUAUUGCUCUCAUUUUAUCUGUAUGCAGAAAAAACAGUGAAAUAUCAAUUUAUUUUCCACAAUUAACUUUGCAAAUAUAACAACCCAAAAUGCAAUAAAUUAUCUGGAUCAUCGAUUAUACAUUCAAUUAUUAAUUUAGUAACAAUUUAAUUAGGCUUAGUUGUUAAUUAAUUAUUAAAUUUGUAUUUUCGUGUUAUUGAUAUUUGUUUGGUUUAAUUAGUUGAAGCCACACAAUAACUUAGUCAGUUGAGCUAAGAUUUUAUUACUAUUAAUCCCACAUACAGUAAAAUUUUGUUUGUUAUAUUCGGCAUAAAAACAUGUUUAUUUUUUUAACGAGAUAUCUAUCAAUUUGUCUAAUAUUAAGCUCAAUUGAGUUUAUUUUGUACCUCAAUUUUUUCUAUUUAUAAUGUUAGAAAAGUUAAAAGAAUUCGAGCGUUGUUCAAUUCAUUUUAAUCAAAUCCUUUUAUAAGCGGAACAAAUGUUCGAAAACUAACCAUUUUAAAAGUUUUUCAUACUUAAUUCUAUCAGAUCUAUAACAUAAUUGAGAAUUUUUAUGUAACUAAUUAUUAGAGAAAUAGUUUCAACACUAAUAGACAAUUAAUAAGCUUUUGAUCAAAUAGUUUGUAUUCAAGGCACUGUUAUUGAAGUAAACUUCAAUCUAAUAAUUGGAAACAUUAUGCAUUAUAUCUAGUUGAUACCCAUAUGUAUACUUUGCUUGAAAUUUUGAGCUUAUAUCAGUAACACUAAUAAGUUAUUUAGAAAUAUGAAUAAAAAAUGAAUCUUGAUCUACCUGUUAUUAUAUUCUGUAAACUGUUCAAUUAAAACUUAUAAUUGUGCCAUCUCCUAUCACAAUAACUUCUAUUUAAUUUCACAUUUCUUAUAAAUUCCACAUAUGUGAAAGAAUUUCUCCUUAACGAAUUAUUAAAAAAAGCAAUACACGAAAUGAUAUGGGUAUCUCAAUUCAUGGGCUUGCCGAAUUUGUGCAGUACAUAGUUUAAACAUAUUCGAAAUAUUUUUAAUUAUUUUAAUUAUUAACUAAUUAUAUUGCUAUAUGUUUUACCAUGGUACCAUCAAAAACAUUUUCUUUUAAUAAUUUUAUUAUAAAUAGUAAAUUGUAUAUAAUGGCACUUUAAUAAAUAAUAACUACUAUAUAAAUAUAUAUAUAUAUAUAUAUAUAUAUAUAUAUAUAUAUAUAUAUAAACUAGAUAUUUAUAUCUGUCUUUUGCAUGUAUUAUUGCAAGUUUUUUUUAGUACACUUCAACAUGCUCACAAUUGGUGGCCCUAAGCACUUCCAGUCUGUAAUCAAUUUCAAGCCAGAUAUGCUGUAACAUGUCGCCUGUAAUUGUACUAAAAGCUCGUUUAAUGCGGCGUUUCAAGUCAUCAUCAAUGUCAUUAACUGGUGUCCGGUAAACAAUGUCCUUUAAAUAACCCCACAAGAAGAAGUCGUGGGGUGUUAUGUCCGGAAUCCUUGGUGGCCAUGGAAUUGGGCCAUCCCGUCCAAUCCAUCAGUUGGGAAAAGUUUGGUUGAGAUGUCGAACUGCUAUCAACCAGUGUGAUGGUGCACCAUCAUAUUGGAAAUAAAUAAUCGGUUGUAAUUCUUCCAACUGAGGAAGAGCAAAGUUUUGAAGUAUAUCCAUGUACUUUUUGUAGCUGUUUAUCUGUAAAAUAAUUAGAUGUUGGUUUUUUCUUCUUAUUUUUAUUCAAAAGUAUGUUAAAUAAGUUGAACUUACCACUUUAAGGCAGGUCCUGCAAAUUAAUUUAUUGUUUUCAACUUUCAAUUCUGUGUAACCUCGUAUCCAUUCUUCUACCGAUGGCUUCAUUUUAGGCAUUGCUAAAUAAAUAUUAUACUAUGUAGGAAUACAAUACACUUGAACUCUAACCCUUUUAACAUUUGGAAAUCGGAAAGCGGCCGAGGUUAUUCCCAAACUCUCCGCAAUCGGCCUACGGAAUUCCCCGAACAACAGACAUGUGCUGAGUAACGCUAGUACGAUCUUGUCACGUUGUGGCAGAGGUAAUAUAAAAUAAAUUAAUUAAUUACCGAAAAGUAAAUAUGCAAAAUUAGCACCAAAUACUCCACUAAUUGUUAAAAUAUACAUAAAACUGAAAAAAAAAAUAAAAGCAUUAAAACUGAAAAUAAGCAUAAUGGCACAAAAAAAUGAACCCUGUGCAUCCUCUCCUCUAAUUGAAAUUCAUGCAUAUAUAUGAUCAAAAUAUAUCUGCCAUCAAAAAUUACUUAUGGCAUAAUAGCUAGAAAACCGCGCGCUACUCAUGAAGCUUGUGUGCCAUGCACGGAUAGUGGGUCUCUUUGGAAUUUUGUCCAAAAGUUCCGUGUAUAUGAUUUUGUCUCUAUGAACCAUGACACCUAUUGGGCUUUCACUUAUAACUGUUCAGUCUAUUGAAAAAAAACUUUAUUAGUUGCAGUAAUACAUGCAAAAGAUAGAAUAUAAAUAUCUCGUUUAUGUUCGGAGUUAUGAAUUUUUGAAGUUGUAAAGAUAAUUUUGGAACACCCUGUAUAUGUAUAUAUAUGCUUUCAAAUUUUCUUCAUUUUAGGUUUAUAAAUUAUAAAAAAAACUAAUGUUGAACCAGAAGAAACUCAAAAUCAAGAUGAUUUAGAAAAAGAAACAUAAAAGAAAUAAGAAAUAUAUAAAUUUCUUUAAUUUCUUAGACCUUUUCAUAUGUAUGUUUCUAAAUGUUCUUGAUUUUUGGUCUCUUCUGUUUUAGUUUUUUUUAAUAAUUUUUAAAAGAUAGAUAAAAUUUGAUUCGAUUUUUCUUCAAGUCUUUAUCAAAAUAUGAUAUUGACACUGACAUUUUACGUAUUUAUAUUGAUAAAUAUAAAUAUCAUCAUGAAUAUCAAAAUAAGAAUAAAAUUAAACGACAACUUUGUUAAUUAAAUUAAAAUUAAUUUUUCCUUAGUCCUUACAUCUUAAAUUAUUUGUAGUUUUAUUAAAAAUUAGAAAAUAGAGCCAUAAAUUUUACUCAAAUUAUUUAGGUCUUUUAUCAUUUAUAGCUUUUUCGUUCUUGUGAAUGUGAACCAUUUCUAAAAAUUCCCUUUUUCGUAUAUUAGAUUGAAACUUUUGGAUUCUAUUUCAAAUAAAUAAUAUUCAAACAAGAAGAACGACUGGAAAAUGUAGAGAGAGAAAUGAGACGCAAUAAUAUAAUAAUUCAAAGGAAUCGUAGAUGGGGAACAUGAAAGUCAGCAAAAAAUAAAAGAAAAGAUCCAAUUUAUAAUGGGGAAAAUAGAAGUCGACCCUGAAGCUGAUUUAGUAGAAUGCUACUGAAUAUGAGCAUUUAAAAUAAACAAAAAGAGACCGUUUAUAGUUACAAUCAAAAAAUUGGAAAUUAUGAACCAAUCUAAAAAACUGAAAGGUACCAAUCUAUGGAUUAAUGAAGAAAGAAAAAAGUUGUUACCUAAGGUGAAAUUAGCCAGAGAACAAGGACACAACGCAAGGCUCAAAUAUAACAAAUUUACUGAAAAUAACAAAAUAUAUGGAGCAGAGAAACGUGCAGCCAGCGAUCUUUACCCAGAAAAUGGAAGGGAGAAUAAAGAGAAGAAGUCAAAAAAAUAGUAAUUAAAGAAAAGAACAUUGAUAUAUUGGAAGUCGACAACGCAAUGAAAUAGGUAAUGGCUAAAGGUAACAACCAGAAAAACAAAUGGAAAGAAGUGGUGAGAAUGGCAUCAUGGAAUAUCAGGACAAUGCUGGCAAUGGGAAAAAUGAAGAAAUUGCAAAAGCAAAUGCUGGAAUACAAGAUAGACAUAUUGGCACUCUAAGAAAUACGAUGGAAGGGAAAAGAAUGAAUAAUGUGCUAGAAUAUGAAGUUAUAAGUGGGAGAAUAUCAAAGCUAAGAAUAAAAAAUAGUAUAGCAAACAUAAAAGUAAUUAAUAUUUACGCACCAACAGAGGAAGCAAAAUACAAAGACAAAGAUGAAUUCUAUGAAAACCUGGUUAAGGUAUGCGAGGACGUCACAAGACAUGAUACAUUAUUGAUUAUUGGAGAUAUCAAUGCAAAAAUAGGAAAAGAAAACUAAGCAGUGUGUCAGGAAAACACAUCCCACACGAAACAACUAACAAUAAUGGAGGGCGAAUAUGUAGUCUAGCCGAAGAAUUCAACAUGUACUCGUAUAUUAGUAGCACUAGCUUCAAACAUAAGAAAGAACCUAAAAUCACGUAGAUGAUACCAGGAAGUACCAAAGGAAACCAAAUAGAUGACGUCUUAAUAUCAAAAAUGAUACAAGAUGUAAGAUCAUACGGAGGAACAGGUGUUGAGACUGAUCAUCACUUAGUGAUAAUCAAAAUUAAAUUAAGAAAUUGGUUAAUUUGGUAAAUAUAGUGAUCAAGGCGAUAAAAUGCAGAAAAUGGAAUAUGCAGAAACUGAAACCGAGGGAGGAAGAAUACAGAGAAGAAAUAGAAAACCAACUACAAAAGAGUAAAGAAAAAGAUACUAUUGAUGAGCAAUGAAAAGAGAUUAAGAAAUGUAUUAUAAAUGCAACGCAGAAAGUCAUUGGUACAAAAUAUAUUAGAAAAAAUAUCGAUUGGUUUGACAUGUAAUAUACAAUAAAAAUUAAAGAGAAAAAAGAAGCUAAUUUGAAAUGGCUAAGAACUAUGAAACAAGAGGAUUAUAAUAUAUAGAAAAAUAAGAAAAGAGAGCACUAAGAUAAUAAAGACGAAGAAAAUAAAAUGCCUAAAUGAUAGUUGGACAACUUGAAAAAUGACAAUAAAGAUAAUGUAAAAUUAUAUCAACAUAUAAAGAAACAAAAUAGAAAACGAAAUACAACAAAUAUUAAUGAAAGAGAGUGGAGUCAGUAUUUCAAAAAAAUAUUAACGGAAGAAGACAGUGAAUAAGAAGAAGAUAGUAUAAGUGACAAUGACUAGAAAAUGAAGAAAAACCGAUGGAAGCGGAAUGUAAUGACAUAAUAAACAAACUGAAACACAAAAAAAAAACAGGAGGACCAGACGAAAUAGUGAAUGAACUAAUAACAUAUGGGGGAGUUAAUCUAAGGUACAAAAUAUUCAAAAUCAUAUAAAGAGUAUGGAAAACAGAUGCAAUGGUUUCAGGCAAGGAAAAUCCACAGUAGACGCCAUUCAUACUGUAAAACAAGUGAUAGAAAAAAGCUAUGAGCACAACAUUAAUAUGCAAAUGCUAUUCAUCGACAAGCACAAACAAGCAUUCGACAGUCUGAAAAGGAGGACGAUUAUAAAGGACAUGGAAAAACUACAAAGAACCCCAAAAGUUCAUACGAUUGGUGAAAAUGACUAUGCUAAAUUCUAGGCCAAGGGUAAUAGCAAAAAACGGAGCAUCUGAGGAAUUUGAAAUAAAUGCUGGAAUAAGGCAGAGUGACGGACUCUCAGCGGUAUUGUAUAACAUUGCAGUUGAAGGCAUUAUAAGAGAAUGUAAUAUCGAUGGAAGUAUCAUUAAUAAAUCAAAACAAUAGCAUAUGUUGAUGAUUUCACUCUAUUAGCAAGAGACCGAGUCUAGAGAAAAUUGUGAGAGAGACAGGAAAAAGAGUAUUGAAAAUAAAUUAGAAAAAGACCAAAUAUAUGGAAAUUGAAAGGAAGAAGGAAUUUCGCAAACAAGAAGCAGUGAAUAUAAAUGACCUUAUCAUCGAAGUAGUCGACACAUUUAAGUACUUAGGAACUAUGAUAAGCAAUAAAAAUGACACAGAAAACGAGACAAAACAAAACUAUAAUGCAGAGCAAAAGAAUUAGCAGAGCAACCAAAUUGAUAGUCUACAAGACUGCGAUAAGACCAGUAGUUACGUACGCCGAUGAAACAAUGAGACUAACAAAUAUAGACAAAGAACAACUAAGGAUAUAUGAAAGGAGAAUAAAUAGGAAAAUUCAUGGAACAGUAAAAGUUGGAAAUAAUAAGUAUAGAGAACUAUGAAAUUAAGAAUAUAUUAGAAAAUGAGGAUAUAGUAAGUACAAUUACAGUAAAAAAAAUGCAAUGGUUCGAAACACAUUAAAAGAAUGGAAAAACGGCAGGGUAUAAGGAAAAUCACAGAAUGGAGACCGAGCGAGAAAAGAUUGCCUGGUAGAUCAAAAAAUAGAUGGAAAGAUCAGAUUGUGCAAGAUAUGGACAAUCUGGGAGUACGUGACUGGAACAAACACAUGCAGGACAGAGAAAAAUGGAGAACAAUAGUCGAGGCUGCAAAAAUAUGUAAUAAGCUGUAAUUAAAUAGGGUAAAAUAUGGGCUGCCAACCCACAAAAAAUACGGGGUCAAAAGAGCUCAAUUUUGAGCGGCUACAAUUCUCAAUAGAAUGUAUAGCCUCUAUAUGUAUAUGUAUAUACUAGAACAAAGUUCAAGUUUAAUUGUAUGCUUAUUUUGAUAUUCAUGAUGAAGGUGAUCUAUAGAUCAAUAUAAAUACGCAAAUUGUCAGUUUGAUAAAGACUGAAAUGUCGAAACGUCAAAUUUCAUCUAUCUUUUAAAAAUCAUUAAAAAAAUAAUUUUGAAACAGAAGAGGCCAAAAAUCAAACAUUUAGAAACAUUAAUGUAAUUAGUUUUUGUGAAAUUCUCCAAUAAGUAUGAAUUUAUUUUCAUUCCAGAACCAAAAUUAAGUUUUGUUACAAAGAUAAUACAAUAAAAUUUAAAUUAUGUGUUUUCCUGUGAAAUUUUACAAAAUAGGUUUGGUCUUAUAAUCUAAAUAUACAAGUAGAUUAUAACAAAUUUAGGAAAUUAUUUUAUGAACCAGUUGGUUUGGUAUUUAUUAAAGCCUUGAAAAUGGAUCCUCACAAUAUUAAAAAUUCUCACAUGACUGCUUUCUCGAUUAUUGAAAAAUUGUUUUUUGUAUAACAGUUGUUAUUGUUCAUAUACAUAAAAAUAUAUAUGUUACGUUUCUAGAUGUUCUUGAUUUUAGGUCUCUUCUGUUUCAAUUUCAAAUUUCAAUAAAUUGGCGUUUCGAUUUAUCUUCAGUCUUUAUCAAAAUAGAGAAAUCUAUAUAUAUAUAUAUAUAUAUAUAUAUAUAAUGGUAUCUUAAUUAGUCUUAUUUAGCAUUUAUUGAACUCUCACCAAUAUAAGAGAUUGAGUUAUACGCCCCUAUUGAGCUCUAUUCCAUUUUUAAAUAUUUUAAAUAUAAGGUCGUAUUAAGAUAUUUUUUAUCGCUUGAAAUUGAAGUGUCUCGAAUUUUGUGAGAAGCUAUGUUGCAAGAUGGAACAAGCUUCCACUAAAAUGUUGAUGUUUAUUUACUUAGUUGCUUUUUAAAUAAACAAAAUUUUAAGAUAUAAUUGAUUUCAUAUUUUUAUCCAAUAUAUGAAAUGAUGAAUAACAUGUGUGAAAAAGUGUAAUCAUGUCACAGAAUAUUUUCAAAUGAAAUAGAAUUAUCUAUUUUACAUUUUAUUAUUCAUUAACAAUUUCAAGCGUCAUACUUAACAUUACCCUGCAUGUAAUUAGAAAAACAAAGUUUUUUUUAUCAAAGUAUUGAUUUAUGUGAUAUCUUAUUUUAUUACAAAUGAACAUCUGAAAAUACGUUUGGACAGUUGUGUAGGCUUGCUUUCAUUGUUUAUAUAGAUAGCACAUAAUAGACUUUAUUUAUGUAUAUUUUGGUUUUAAUAAAUAUUUAUUUUUCA